GUGGGCGCGCCCGAGAGAGAGAGAGAGAGAGAGAGGGAGAGAGAGAUGCGAGCCUAGGCUACUUGUCGCUCUUCUCCUCCGUGGAUGUUCAUUGUGUUAAAAAAAAAAAAGAUGCACUUGGAUGAAUUUGAUACUGAGAUGCUCAGGUGCAUGGACUGAUGUGAUGCUGCAUUCUGCAUCUGUUUAGAUGUCUGGAAAUUUUCACUGUUUGUUUAUUUUUUUGAUGAAGAAAAGCAUCUUAUAUUCCAAAAAAAACAAACAAAUUUUUUUUUUUUUACAAUGCUGAGCGGACCGAGCAGGGCAUCUGGACAAUCUUGUCAUGUGUUGAUUUAAAAGCCAUCAGCACCAGAAAGUGACACUGACGAUGCAGGUUUGUUUUAUAAAAUCUCUAUUUUUCCUUGCAUCCCUCGUGGCUCUGGCACACGGCGAUGAUGUGCACGCCAAGGCGUCCGGCGCCGUGCGGUAUCCCAGGAGACGUGCCACAGGUUCACCGGAUCACCGGACCCCCGUACAGGAUCCCGAGGUGCCAUUAUUUAUGAGCAAGGGGAACGGGACACAUUUUAGACGAGGAUGCAACACUAAAAAGUCCGGGUGUUACUUUGCGCCGCGCGCCCAUGGCGACAGGGCGGUGCACGGUCCGUACAAGAUAUGGAGGAGGUUCAGUGAACACGAGAGGAUCCACAGGCACCGAAGGGGCGCGAAGGAACACCACAAGAAACUGGCAUGGGAAACGAAGAAGAGAGCAGCUGGGGGGAAUAAGAUGUCUGCAAACGCCCUCGCUUCAUCUCUAACGUGGUGGGAACCCAUGCCCAAGCCGUUGCCCCUCGCCUCUACAGAUUUCCCUUUCGACAUAACCAACCACGUGGAGUUUUACACCCGGCGCAUUGCCCCGGAUAACCCGUGGGACGCCACACCUAUGACCCCUCCGUACCCUGAGGAUGAGGAGAACGAGUAUUUCCCCAACCCUUUCUAUCCGGUUACGAGCGAGACCUACACAGCCUACGCCAUCACGUGUUUCUCGGUGCUCAUUUUCGUCAUUGGGAUCGUCGGAAAUGUCGCUGUCAUGUGCAUUGUGUGCCAUAACUAUUACAUGAGGAGCAUCUCCAACGCCCUCCUGGCCAACCUGGCUGUUUGGGAUCUGGCUGUGUUGUUGAUCUGCAUGCCCCUUGUGGUGUUCUACGAGCUGACUAAAACCUAUCUACUCGGCCACUUCACCUGUAAAGUUAUCCCUUAUAUUGAGGUAGCCUCACUGGGCGUGACCACCUUCACCAUUUGUGCCCUGUGCAUCGACCGCUUCCGUGCCGCCACCAACGUGCAAAUGUACUACGAGACAAUUGAGACUUGCGCAUCUGCUGCCGCGAAGCUCGCCGUGAUCUGGGUCGGCGCGCUGCUCUUGGCGUUGCCUGAACUCCUGAUCCGGCAGCUGGUGAAGGAGUCUGACUCAGAUGACUUCGAGCGGUGCCUGGAACGCAUCUCCACCUCGCUGCCUGAGACGCUUUAUUCCCUCGGCCUGGCGUACGAGAGUGCUAGGCUCUGGUGGUGCUUCGGGUGCUAUUUCUGCCUGCCGGCCCUGUUCACCAUCGGCAGCUCGUUAGCCACGGCACGCCGCAUGCGCCAGGCCGAGCGCGGGUGCCCGCGCGCCAACAAGAAGCAGAUGCGCCUGGAGAGCCGGAUGAACUGCGUCGUGGUGGCGCUGGCCGUCGUCUACGCCGCCUGCGCGGUUCCCGACAAUGUCGCGAACAUGGUGGCGGCCUACAUAGGGCACCUGGAGGUCGUGGGUGUACUGCGCACGCUCGGUCAGCUCUUACUCUUCCUGCGCACCGCGAUCACACCCGUGUUGCUGCUUUGCCUGUGCCCGCCGUUCGGCCACGCGUUCCUAGAGUGCUUCUGCUGUUGCGCAAGCCUGUGCGGAGCGGCGUCGUCCUCUGCGGUGGGCAGCGACGAUAACGAGCACGAGUGUACCACCGAGCUGGAGCUGUCUCCGUUCAGCACCAUCCGCAGAGAGAUGUCCAACUACACUGCGACAGGGUCCCACUCCUGAGCCGCCGUACUGUCCGUAACAGUGCCAAGAGUACCGCUGUACUCCGAAAGCACAUACUGUCUCACUUCUGUAAAUACUCUGACUACAGCUUAUGAAGUAAUGUAUAAAACUUAACCUAUUUUUUUUGUAUUAUUAUUAUUUGUAUUAGUAGAUGUUUUAAAAAAAAAAACAAACAGUGACUCUUUACAUAUUUUUUGCACUGCCGAUCGCUUUAGCUUUAUUUAUACAGUGCGUCUCUGCAUCUUAUCGCUAGUAACAUUCCUAUGAUAUGAUAUCUGUAAAUAGCAGUAUGUUCUCUGCCUUGAGCUUUCUUUUAAUCCAGGUGUCUGUCUUGAAUUGCAUUAAGCGGUACACUUGAACACCUGAAAUAAAUCCCCAUGGGUGUGUGUGUGUGUGUGUGCGCGCAUUUGUACAGUAUAAUAGCAGAAAAAGAGAAGUAGAUAUCAACCCUAUGCUCAGUGUGCUUAAUGGUUUCUAAGUCCGUUUUAUAUACAGUAACCCUGACUUUCUCUAUAAUAAACUCGAAGUGUUUGCUGGGAAA